AUGAGUGGAACUAGUGAUUUUGACCUGGAGACCAGCAAUUAUGUGGAAUGGCUCCUAGCCAAUUUGACUUGUGUUUCGCCGAAGGUGCAAAUUGCCGAUCUGAGAUCGCAGGACCAGGGAAGAGGUGUGAUAGCGCUAGAAGACAUCGAAGAAGGCGAGAUUCUGUUUUCAAUCCCAAGAAACGUGAUUCUGAAUGUGGAGACGAGUCAGCUAGCCAGCCUGAGAGAUGGCGAGGCUAAGAGUGUGUUGCUGGGGCUUCCCCAAUGGGAAGCGUUGAUUCUGUGUUUGGCCUACGAGCUGAGUCUUGGAACCGACUCCAGAUGGUCGCCUUAUCUGCAUGUGCUUCCAAAGACCUCCAACACGCCAAUGUUCUGGUCAGAUGAAGAGAUCAAGGCGUUGCAUCCUUCUUAUAUGGUGAACAGAAUUGGAAAGGCAGAAGCUGAGAAGAUGUACAAUCGUCUUUUCCCUGCUGUGGCCGAGCAGCUUGGAACCGAAAGUUUGAAAAAUCUCACCAUUGAGCAGUUCCACAUCGUAGCCAGCAUUAUUUUAUCUUAUUCAUUUGAUGUGGAGCAUCCUGGAAGAGAGGACGAGGAGGGCGAAGAGGAACUGGACAUUGAACACUUCGAGGAAGUGCAGGAGUUACAGGAGGAGGAAGAGGAGGAAGAAAGCCAAGAGGCAGAACACGAGAACGAGCACGAGCACGAACAUGAACAUGAACAUGAACAUGAACAUGAACAUGAGCAUGACCGCGAUGAUGUUCCCAUGGACGAUAAUGAUGGCCAGGAACCGGUUUUGACUGUUCUGGAGGACGAUAACUACAAGUCCAUGGUACCGUUCGCAGAUACACUGAAUGCGAACACCAGGCUCUGCAAUGCGAAUUUGAACUACGAAUCGCUCCAGUUGGUGAUGAAAGCCACGAAGAAGAUCUCCAAGGGUGAGCAAGUGUACAAUACCUACGGAGACCAUCCAAACUCAGAGAUUCUAAGAAGAUACGGUUACAUUGAGAAAGACGGAUCGAAGUUCGAUUUCGGUGAAGUUGCCCUGAGCGACAUUUUGAGACACUUUUCUCAGAAGUACCCCUUUUUCACCAUUGACGGUUUGCACUUUGCUGUUGACAUAAUUUCCAAAUCCCACUAUCUCGCCGAGAACCUGGAGAGCGAGGAAGGAAUUAUCUCUGAUACUUACGAGUGUUAUUACGACGGAGAAGUUGUUCCAGAGUUUGUUCUUCUGUUGCUCAUUCUCACUGUUCUCUCACUUUCAGGCCAAGAAGACCAGAGAUGGUUCAAAAGGAUGAUCAGACAGGCAAAGAGAAGCGGCAGCAAAGCGAGCGAGUUCGAGAAAUUCAUCAACAGAGUGAUUCUCAAAUGUCACCAGCUUACAGAUCAAGACAAAGUAACUGAGAUUACCGUGGAAAAUUUCAAGGAGGUUGUUUCUGCACGUAUGCAUGAAUACGCAGAGUUUAUCCGUGGUGGUGCAUUACCUUACGAGUUGAAUGGAUACCAACAUAGCAGGGCCCAUUUGGCAGCUGAGGUGCUCGUUUCUGAGCACAGAUCGCUAGAGUCAUGCCAUGUCAAGGCGUUGAGUUCGCUGUCGGCUAUUCAGGAUGUGAAAAUGGUGAAGAACGUGCUGAAGAGGAAGAUGGAGGAGGACUCUCAAUCAAGCAAGAGGCACAAACGUGUCAAGGCAUAG